AUGCUGAUCCCGCUUAGCCAACUUAACGAAAUUUAUGAUGAAAUUCGCCAAACUUCGUUUUCAAGAGGAUGCUCUUUAGCAAUUCUUGUCUCAGGUGACUGUGAUGCCUUAGCUGCAUGCAAAAUCCUGACACAAAUGCUGCAUAAAGACACCGUCCAAUAUAGAGUAAUUCCUGUUGCAAAUUAUACAGAGCUUGAAGAGAAACUUGCUUCAUUUACAGACCCAGAGCUGAGAUGCUUAGUUUUCCUUAAUUGUGGAGGAUCUUGUGAUUUGACUCAAUUAGGCCCAGAAAAGAAUUUAAUUUCUUACGUAUUUGACAGUGAGAGGCCUUUUUGGGCUGAUAAUAUAAAAAGUGCCUACGUAAAACUCAUAGACGAUACUUUUGUUGAAGAACCUGAAGACCAAGAAGAAGAGGAAAGCGAAAUUGAAAACGAACCAGGCCAAAAAAGAAGGCGGGAAGGUAGAGAAGACAAGCCGCGCAAGCGAUUCAAAAAUGACCCAGACCCAACUGGGGUUUAUUUCGGUAUCAGCACUGCUGGGAUUAUUUAUAGGCUGGCCCAGCAGAUGAAUCGUGCUACAAACGAUAUGCUUUGGAUGUGGAUUGUAGGACUGACAGACCAAUAUUUACACAGAAAAAUCGACAGGUCUGAGUAUGAGCAAAGGAUCAAUGAGUGCUUAACAGAAGUCUUGAGGCUUAAUGAGCACCCAUAUCAGCAGCGUGGAGAAGAGGCUGAAGAAAUGGACCAGGACUCCGAACAAAGGACAGUCAAUGGAAUUAUUGAGCCCAAGGACUUUGACACAGAAAAGAAAACUCCUGGAAAUAUCCAUAUUGAGCAUAAAGACCUGAAACUUAUGCUAUAUAGGCACUGGAGUUUAUAUGAUUCUUUAUAUUAUUCUGAUUAUGUAGCCUGCAAGUUAGGGAUAUGGCGAGAGCCUGGAAAACGAAGGCUAAACGAAAUAAUCGCGCAGCUAGGAAUCCCUUUACAAGAGUGCAGACAAGAUUUUUGCUUCAUGAAGCCGAUGUAUAAAAAAACUCUCAAGGACAAACUGCAGCAAAUAGGCGCUACUUAUGAGAUAGAAGAUUUAUUCUUAACCACCUGUGUAAGGCAGUAUAACAGAAAAAAACAAUUUUCAGCCUCUGAUGUAGUUUAUAGUGUUACUGCACUAUUAGAGUCACCUACCUUGUUAGGAGACCAAGAAGAAUCAAAUGACCGUGAAAAAUGGCUGAACAAUUUUUGGGUUGCUCAUGAUGCCCUAUUAGAUGUAAACUAUCUUGAGCAAGGGAUUAAAAUAGCUCAAGACCAGCAAAAAGCCAUAGUCCAACAAGGAACUAUUUUAAUAGAGAAAAAAGCUGUAAACCCAGCCGCAGAUUUUAGAUAUGCCAUUAUUUCAAGUGACAGUUUAAAUCAAACAAAAUAUUUCCAUCAUCCUCUGUCACUUAAAAAGCUGACUACUUUUAUUAUGGAAGCUUAUAGAGAGCUCCGAAGCAAUAUCAGGCCGAAGCCGAUGGUUUUGUGUGUUUUAAACACAUCAAGAAACACUUUUCUAGUCACAGGAGUUACAAGUGCAGUGCAGCAGAGAAACGACUUUGGGUGGAGAUUCCACGAAGCAGCCCAAGCAGUUGAAGCUGAUUUUAGGAGGGAUUUCUUUGAAGACACUUAUAUAGAGGUGAGGAAAGAACAUUUUCAAGCUUUCUUGGAACAGCUUACUGCAGGUGCUUAUUAA